GUGCAGAAGUCCUUAAAGCAAUCAAGAUGUGUAGGUUUUAGGGUUCUCUCAAUAACCAUAACAAUUUUGUACCCGUUCAUAUUUCUGAUAUAGGUGAGGCAGGAGCAGAGGCACAGGAGGAGGAUCCCGAUGCUACUCAGGCUGAAGUGGUUGAUGGAGACAUCAUGGAUGGGGAGGCAGAGACGGACACUGUGGUUAUUGCAGGGCAGCCAGAGGUCCUCACUACCCAAGAAAUGCAGGUGGAGAAUGAGCUAGAAGAUUUAAUAGAUGAACUGCUGGAGAGAGACGGAGCUGCAGUAAGCAGAGUGGGAGAAGAUGAGUCACAGGAAGAUGUAUUAAUGGACGAGGCCCCCACUAAUCUCAGUCAAGCCUCUACCCUUCAGGCCAACAGAGAAGAUUCUAUGAAUAUCUUAGACCCAGAAGAUGAAGAGGAACAUACUCAAGAAGAAGAUAGCAGUGGGAGCAACGAGGACGAAGAUGAUAGCCAAGAGGAGGAGGAAGAGGAGGAAGAUGAUGAUGAUCAGGAUGAUGAAGAGGGAGAGGAGGGUGAUGAGGAUGACGAUGAUGACUGCUCGGAGAUGGAGCUUGAUGAGGAUUACCCUGACAUGAAUGCCUCACCCCUGGUGCGGUUUGAGCGUUUUGACAGGGAAGAUGAUCUCAUCAUAGAAUUCGAUAGCAUGUUCUCCAGCGCCACUGACAUCCCUCCGUCCCCCGGUAACAUCCCAGCUACGCACCCGUUAAUGGUGCGGCAUGCAGACCAUAGCUCGCUCACUCUUGGCAGCGGCACUUCUACCACUCGAUUGGCACAGGGUAUUGGGCGCAGCCAGCGAACUCUUCGUCAGCUAACAGCCAACACAGGGCACACAAUACAUGUUCAUUACCCAGGAAACAGGCAGCCAAACCCACCACUUAUUCUUCAGAGGUUGCUUGGCCCAUCAGCUGCUGCUGACAUCUUGCAAUUGAGCAGUAGCCUACCUCUGCAAAGCCGAGGUAGAGCCCGACUUCUUGUGGGUAAUGACGAUGUCCACAUUAUAGCACGCUCUGAUGACGAGCUUUUGGAUGACUUCUUCCAUGACCAAAGCACAGCCACAAGUCAAGCUGGUACCCUUUCUAGUAUCCCAACAGCUCUUACCCGCUGGACAGAGGAAUGUAAGGUUCUUGAUGCUGAGAGCAUGCAUGACUGUGUUUCAGUGGUCAAAGUGCCCAUUAUAAACCAUCUGGAAUCAUUAAGGGAUGAGGAGUUGGAGGAGCGGCGAGAGAAACGACGAAAGCAAUUGGCUGAAGAAGAAACAAAGUUAGCAGAAAAACCAAAGGAGGACAAAGAAUCAAAGGAUGCAAACUCUCAGGUCUGACUUGCAUCUUAUUGAAUA